AUGACAGCCCAUGGAGAAAGAACAACAGUAGUUACAGACCCGAUACAAACUAAUUGCGGAUUAUUCCAAGGGGACUCACUCUCGCCCUUACUUUUCUGCCUAGCUAUAAACCCGUUAUCUCAAAUUCUUAACAAAUACACAAACAAAGGAUACCAGCUCAAGGAUAGCGCAAACAUAAAUCACUUACUCUAUAUGGAUGACCUGAAAUUAUACGCUAAAACUAAGAAAACUCUAGAAAGCCUAAUGCAUACAGUAAAAAUAUUUACAAAUGACAUCGGAAUGAAAUUCGGACUAGAAAAAUGCAAUACACUACACAUAAUAGAAGGACGAAAAUCCAGAAAUCAAACAGAAGGGCAGAUGCUGUUAAGUGGAGAGGAAUUCGCAUACUUAAAAGAUAACGAAACAUACAAAUAUUUAGGUAUCCAUGAAUCUGGAAAGCUAAAUCAUCAAGAACUACGGCAUCAAAUAACAAAAGAAUACUUUAAAAUAACUAAGAAAAUACUGAACACACACCUUAGCGCAAGAAAUACGAUGAAAGCAAUAAAUGCGUAUGCAACCCCAGUACUACUCUAUUCAUUCGGCAUAGUUAAUUACAAAGAUAGAGAUAUAAAAGCAAUAGAUACUAAAACAAGAAAAUUAUUAGCACUUAAUAAGGCACACCAACAAAAAGCAGAAGUAGAAAGACUAUAUCUACCGACAGAGGAAGGAGGAAGAGGGUUAUUAAAUAUAGAAUCACUGUAUAAAAGCCAAAUUAUUAAAUAUAAACAGCAUCUAAAUAAGGCGCGUGAUUACCUAAUAAAAGCAGUUAAUGAUCAUGAUAAAAAUAUAAAUAAAUACUCAAUAAAUGUAAAUGCAGAAGAAUAUGUAAGAGAAAUAGGAUUAAAUGGAAGAGAUAAUAUAAAUGAGACGGAUAUUAAAAAAGCUAUAUUAAAAAAGAAAAUACAUACCUGGAAGUCGAAACCCUUGCGCGCACAAUUCCAUAAACAAGUCCUAGAAAAGGAAAAUAUUGACAAAAAUCUCUCGUUUAAUUUGAUCAAAAAACAAAUGAUAUCCCCUACACUAGAAGCUGCCAUUUUUGCAAUCCAGGACCAAUCUAUAAUAACUAAACAGUUCGAACGAGAUAUACUAAAGAAAGAGGUAGAUGGAAAAUGCCGAAUAUGCUUUACCAAAGAUGAAACAAUCCAACACAUAGUUUCAGGUUGCGAAAAAUUAGCAGGAGUACAGUACACACAAAGACACAACAAUAUCGUUCAAUAUAUUUACUGGGCCCUAAGCAAAAAACACAAUUUCAAUACAGAACAGUUAUGGUGGAGAGAUAAGCUCACACAACCCCAAGUUAAAGAGAACGAUACAGCCAAACUCAUGUGGGAGAUGCCAGUACAGACAGACGUACAAGUUAUCCACAAUAGACCGGAUAUAAUAUACAUAGACAAGCAACAAAACAUCACUUACCUGAUAGAUGUCACAAUACCCACCGACUACAAUAUUGGCGCUAAAGAAAUUGAAAAAUUAACCAAGUACCAUCUGCUGAAAAAAGAAAUAACUAGACUCUGGAAAACCAAAGCCAUCAUCGUACCAAUUGUAAUAGGAGCAACAGGAAUGGUCGCCAAGAGCAUCCGUAGAUACUGUGACACACUGGAUGCUAAAUUGGAUCUAGCCAUAAUGCAAAAACAAACAGCUAUUUACACAAGUACAAUUGUUUCAAAAGUUUUGGGAAGUAACAUACUAACAGACGAAGGCGAAUCCGCAGUACCCUCUCCCUGA